AUGGAGUUGACGCUGCCCAAGCCUGAUGAGGAACUCGCAGCGCAGCUGGAUAAGGACGCUCCAGCAGGGCGACAGAUUGUUCGGGCAGUCACAGGCAUGCUUCAGACACUGCUCCGCCUGGAUAGGGGUACAGGACUGGUGAUCAGCACGAUGCGUCUCGCUGAACUUGUGCGCAUCAAAGAUCUUCCUGCGCCGGAGCCGUUGAAGAAAUCGGCACAGAUGACGGCACAGCUAGUUGCUACGUUUCGCCGGCAAGAGUAUCCCGAGGCGUUCAGCAGGAGCAAGGGCAAGGCGCAUACGGACAGGUUGCAGAUCGAGUCGUUGGCUGAGCAGAUUGUCGCGAAGGCAAGUCGCCUCCAUCGCAAUAUCGCUGCAUCAGUAUUGAUGAUUGACAGCGCCCGUGAAGCUUCGGAGAAGGCGCCGGAGGACGAGCGCGAGCGUUACGAGAAUUCCUUCCGCGCUCUUCACGGUGAUUGGGAGUUCAUGCACCGCCAGGUCCUGCACGACUUCUAUACGGAGCUCAAGAGGCGUCUCGGCGAGGAGCGCUUCGAGCAUAUCAGGCGGAACAUCCGUCAGCUUCCGGCCGGCGCAGGAUCGCUGUACCUGGUGCGCGAUGUGCCGAAGAAACACCUCGAUGAGGUGUAG